UAAAAAUGUCGGCCGUCUGGAAGUACUUUAAAGUCAAGGAGGGGGAGAAUAAGUAUGCAGUAUGUGAAGAGUGCAAAAGUCAAGUGUCGAGAGGGGGGCUCACUGCCAAGACUUUCAGCACGUCGGGGCUCAUCUACCAUCUGAAGGCAAACCAUCCGUCUAAAUACGAUGAGUUUCAGAGGGAGACCAAAACCAAAGCUAACUCGGCUACAUCUACAGCAGCUAGCACAACCCCUUCAGUCAGUGAUAUGUUCGAGAGGAGCAGGAAAUUCAAUAAGGACAGUACAAAGGCAAAGGGAAUUACCGACAAGAUAAUGGAGUACAUGGCUUUGGAUGAUCAGCCUUUCAGUGUUGUGGAGUAUGUGGGGUUUCGAAGACUACUUCAACAUAUCGAGCCCCGCUACACCUUACCCAGUCGCCGGUACUUCGCUGAUGUUUGCCUGCCAGAGCUGUACAACAGCAUCGCCGGUCGUGUGCACGAGCUAUUGGCCAAAGACAGCGAUCCACCGUACGUAAGCUUCACCACUGAUAUAUGGAGCUCCGAUGUCAGCCCAGCAAGCAUGUUGAGCCUAACAGCGCAGUGGGUGGAUGAAAACUUCCUGCUUCAGCGCGUAGUCCUCCAGUGUCAGGAGUUCAAAGGCUCCCAUACCGCAGCUGCGAUAUCAGGUGCGUUUGACAGCAUGUUUGAGCGCUGGGGCAUAGACCGCACUAAAGUGCAUGCAGUUGUGAGCGACAACGCUCGUAAUAUGGUGAAAGCCAUGGAUGACAGCGACCUGCGAGGCAUCCGAUGUGUGGCCCAUACGUUGCAAAUCGCUGUUAAUGAAGGCGUGCUGAGCCAACGCAGUAUUGUCGACAUAGUGGCAACGGGGAGGAAGAUCGUAGGCCACUUCAAGCACUCCCCCCUGGCAUAUUCUCGCCUCCAGACCAUCCAGGAGCAAUUUGGCAUGCACCCGAAACGCUUCCAGCAAGACGUCAGUACUAGGUGGAACAGUACUUUCUACAUGCUGCAAAGUCUGUUGGCUCAAAAGCGUACCCUGGCAACUUACAUCGCCGAUUACGACCUGCCGGCGACAUUCACCCCUUACCAGUGGGUAUUGAUUGAGAAUGUUCUCUCUCUCCUUGCGCCGUUUGAACAGCUGACGAGAGAAAUCAGCUCAGCCAAAUCAUCCGCUGCUGAUGUCAUCCCCUCACUUGCAGCACUGACGCGUCUGCUGAGGAAAGACGUGGAAACAGACCACGGGGUCAAGACGAUGAAGACCGCACUUUUGGAAGCACUAAACAGACGCUUUGACCAGACAGGCACGGAUCCAAUGUUCUGCAUAGCAAGUGUGCUUGACCCUCGAUACAAGGACCAUUUCUUCGAUGGUGACCAGAAGCGGAGGAUGAGGGAAAUGGUUCGUGAAGAAUUGGACUCCCUGCCAGACGGUGAAGCGAGGAUCAGAGAAGGGCCCACACCGAGACCGAUCCGCACCGAGGCCGAGUCUGCCCCCUCACUCUCAGCAAUGUUCGACGAGAUCGUCCAAGAGAACGACCCAGAUCCCAGGCAGACGAGUGCUACAGCUCAGCAGCUGGACUGUUACCUGUCAGAAGUCCUCAUCCCCAGGAGUGAUGACCCACUAACAUAUUGGAGGACCAAUCGAGGGCGCUUUCCCGAGUUGGCACGGAUGGCACGCAGGUACUUGGCUGCUCCAUGCACAAGCACGGAUAGCGAGAGGCUGUUUAGUGCUGCGUCGAAUGUCCUUGACGAGAGGAGGAACCGACUGACAUGCGGCAAAGCAGAGAAGUUGCUGUUCGUCAAAAAGAACCUGCCACUGUUCCUGAAGGACCUGGCUAACUAAACUCUACACCAAAGAGGACCCUGUGUGUGUGUGUGUGUGUGUGUGUGUGUGUGUGUGUGUGUGUGUGUGUGUGUGUGUCUGUUUAAGGCAUUUUUUUGUGUUGGGAAAUGUGUUUAAAAUGUGUUGUGUUGAAAAAUAAUUUUACAGAGACUUAAACUUAAUACAGGAAAAAAACAAUUAAUAUUGUAUAUGAAACCAUUUAAGAAAAAAAAAGAUGGGGAUAGAGAGAUGAAAAAGGGUAGACAAAAUGUGUUUAAAAUGUGUUGUUUUGUAAGUAUUGUUGUUGUUUAAAAAUCAUUUUGCAGACAGGGACUUUAUACAGUUAAUGAAAAAAAACUGUUAUUGUACAUGAAGCCAUUUAAAAAAAAA